AUGGACGAACUCGUGCACCACUGCAUUCGGGAACUCUCGUUCGACGGCGACCUUGGCUGUGAUGUAUCGAGACUGUCCGAGUUCAUAAUCGGUUUUUACAAUCACGGCGCGGAGGUGAGGCAGCAGAACGUCGACGAUGCCUAUCGCGCGUUCGUCUGGUCGGUCAUCGUGCAGCAGCCCAAUGUUCGGGUGGGCACCGUACCGGAGGGCAAAUACUCCGAAGUGUAUAUUGCUCCGCAAACUAGCGCUAAGAGGAAGGCGAAAGAGAAGGGACAGGAUCUCGAGGAACCUUCGGCGCCGACUACCCUCCAAAUCGUCGAUGAUGCCAAGUUGAAGAGCCUCGAAGAGCUGCGGGAGCAGUAUGGCGAUCGGUUGCGCAUUGCUGUCGACCCUGAAACUUCCUUUGUUGCCAUCACCGGCUCACAUAUCCGCCCGUCAAAAUUGACGCCUAUGGUGUACUCAUGCCUGCAGCUAAUAGCUCGCGGGCGCGAAAAGGGUGUUUCGACCAUCGACCUUGGCAAGAAGACGGGUUACGACCAGAAGACCAUUCACUACCUCAUCAACCAACUCAUCAGUCUUGACAUGAUCCUCAAGCUGCGACAGGCUGGUCAGGCCUUGCAUGUAUGCGUGCUGAAGUACUUCUACGAACGGAGUUUACACUGGAAGGAGGUCCGGGAAGCGAAUCUCAUGGCUAAAGAGGAUGCUGAGGAGGAGAAGCCAGUCGAAGGAGGCGAAGAAGGGCCGACGGCAUCAGCCUCGGUCACAUUCGAUCCCAUAGACACGCAACACCUAGCCAGCCUGCCCCUAAUUCGCUCGCGAAUAAUCAAGCUACUCAGAGCGUCUCCGAACUUCACGCACAUAGCCCGAACGGUGCUCACGAAGAUCGGGUUUGAGAAACCAACCAAAUCCGAUAGACGUUUCUUUAAUACACGUCUCAAGGAACUCAUUGAUGAGGGUCUCGUCGAGUUGGUUCAGGUUCGUGGAAACACAAAGAAGGACGAAGAGAUGUGGUACAGGUGCCUUCGACUCGUACAAACUGUUGAAGACCAGUCCAUGCAAGUCGACGAACCCGCCGGCGUACCCCCCCAGGCCUCGAUGGGGGUGCAAGGAAACGACGGAAUCCAUGGGCUGAAGAUGAAUCUCACGCUGCAUAAACAGAUCAUGAAUGUCAUAGCAGAAUCCGGGGUGGAGGGUAUCACGCUAAGUGAGAUCAGCGACGCCCUUGGAAACUUCGACCGCCGGACCAUCGAGCUCCUACUUACGCGUCUCGAGAGCAAUCCACCCCCUCCGCAUCUUGGAGAUCUGGGUGUCGCCCAGGCGAUGGACCACGCAGGACGGGAAAGGCGUUAUAAAUAUUUCACGGUCGCAGAGUACAACGUACUCGCCGCGAAAGAAGGCUUUUCUCCUGGCGAGAACAAGUAUCACAAUCGCAUCGACAUCGAGCAUGUGAUGCAGUUCGCUCCCAUGGACGCCAGCCUAUUCUACAACACGGAGGAGGAUGUUUUGAAGCAUGUGGAUGCCCUCCGUCGGCCUGGAACUGAUGUAUUCUAUACGAGUGCCGGGACGAAGAAGAAGCCCAAGAAACACAAGAAUCCGAUCCUACCGGACGGCACCGUAAAGAAAGGGCGUCCUCGCAAGAACCCGGACGCGCCACCAAGGAAGCGUCCCAAGGCCGAAGGUGAGCCCCCGCGUAAGCGGGGGCGCCCUCCCAAAGCGAAGCCGGAGCCAGUGGACGUGCCUGACGAAGAGACAGGGGCAGCGGAGUCGAAGACCCCAGAAGAACCAGAGGAAAGCGAAGCCCCACAAACGGCGCCUACCGAAGCAAGUUCCGUGGUUCCCCAGAAGCGUAAACGAGGUCGCCCGCCGAAACCGAAGACAACAUCUGCUGUUGCUGAAGUAGACAAUGGUUCAUCCAAUGUGCCAGGGGGCCGGUCUACGAGUGCAGCUGGUGUACAGCCUUCCCCAUCUUCAGCACGUAAACGUGGACGCGCUUCGGUCCGGAUGUCCGAGGUGGAGGAUGCUCCGUCUGCGCAAGCCAUCGACGCGGCAGAUAUGUCGAUGACAGAUCACAAUUUCCUAGACCCAGCUCAACCCUCUGACCGUGCCGAUGUUGUUGCUUCGAUCGUGACACAAGCAGCCGAUCCAGAGGUACCGCGUUCAUCCCCUUCUUCACAAGUCAAAGGUGCCCGCAAAACACCUCGUAAACAGCAGGUUGACGUCGCCAGCGAAGACAGACCGUCCGUAGAGGAUGACGCGGAUCAAGAGCUCGGUCUGGCCGCAGAGUACGGAUCCGGCAACCGCGGCAGACGAUCCCAGCGAGCCAGGUUGUCCGAAGUAUCGAAUAACGAGCCAGGGAAUGCACCGACUUCUGUGCCUGGGAUUACACGUGUGGAAAACUCACAGGAGCAACGUGGUCAGGAGCCUACCGACGCUGGCGCGGAGCAUAACUGCAGUCGGUUUUUGCCAGAGACUACUAUGGGGGAUAAUCAGGUGGAGGGUCCGAUACCGAAGCGACGCGGUAGGCCGAGGAAACGCAAACAGCCAGAUGAAGACGAGGUCGAACCGAAGACCGUAGCGCCUGUUAAUAAGCGUUCGCGCCUCUCGGAUCCGACACCAGGUGAAGGCUUUAUCGAUGCUUCUGCUCCGGAAGGCAUGGCUGGAGAAGCGCAGGUUGAUCUGGAAGAUGCGACACAACCGCGUCUAGAGCGGGAUGGAAACCUUGCACCGGAUUCUCUUCCGAUGCAUCCGAAAGAAUCUAUCGACGACCAGUCUCCCCGGAGAUCACCAAGGAAGCCUCGCCCAUCGGAGAAAGCCUCCGCAACAAAGGAUCCUCGGCGUCCAAGGCAAUCGGGCCCUACACCAGCUCAACCCGAGGGCGAACCUACCGAACAUGUCUUACAGAGCGACAAACAGCCAGGACACCACGCAGUCCGUGCCGACGAGUUGCAGUACGCGGGAGUCCCACACGAUGACCCAGGAUCCCAAGGGGGUGUUCCGUUCCGUAGCUCCAGUUCACAGGUAGCGGACAAUGCCUUGACAGAGCAAACAGAUGUCCCGCUUGAAACGCCGGCCGCCGCGCACGACGAACAGGAACGGACAUCACCGGUGCAAAACAGGGAGCACAUCGCUGAGCCCAUCACGGAUGCCGGAAACCCCUCUCGAGAAAGCGGCGAUGCCUCUAUGCCUAUUGCAUCUUCUUCCAAGUCGCGCGUUCGUCGAAGUGGGAACCUCUCCCAUCAACGCAGGGAAAAUGAGUAUUUGCGUGUACUCGAGCGUCUUGGCGGGAUCGCGGCCGUCAACCUGAAGGUGUUCCAAGACGCGCACCUUACAUUGAUAGAGGAGAUGCAUAAAAAUGGCGAACCCACCUCUGGUCCUGUCGGCAUUCGUGCUGACAAGCGAACGCUGGAUGCCACGUUGAACAAGAUGGUCGAAGGCGGGAAGAUCAAAACAUUGAAGACUUCGGUGCAGAUUCAGACCGGCGCAAGUCGAUCUAUCGUUGUCGCUUAUCUACAGUCGCUAUCGCAAGAGAAGGUGGCUGCUUAUUUACUCCAGUUAGGUCGUAGCAGUUUCAUUCCCCAGGCUCCUGUCCUGAAGAGGAUCGAGGAACCUAUGAUAUUCGCCACCGGUAGAGAAUCCCGCCCAACUCCAGAUCUCCCGUUGCACUUAUUGCGAAUGGACGACGUUGGGGAUAGCAAGAAUCCACGCCUAUUCCACGAUAUGGCUAGGACAGACGAGCUAUUCUCCCUCGAUGAUCAAACUGUUCGUGACGUACUCCUCUCGGAAAGAUCGACGCUAUCGCAACUCUAUGGCUACAUCAUCGCCAAAGCGUUACGUGUCCGGGAGCUGCAUAUGUUGACUGUUCAAGCAUUCCAUGGACCUGUGCAAACCCCUCGAGUCGUAUCUAACGAACAGCGGAUCAUCGACAUUUCCCACUAUCAUCAUGAGAUUCCGGCGUCUGGUUACUUCGCGUUGGUCUCUGCCACCGAAUAUAGUGAAGAGCUAUGCCAUAUACUGGGGAAACCCGAAGAACGUCUUAUGCCCGUCAAGGAUCUGCCAGCUACGGUCAGAUCUGCACUACGCGUGGGCCAAUCUCGAAGUCGUACACGCAUCAUGGAACUUCUUGAAGUGCUACGAGCACUGAACAUUGCAACUCCUUUGACCAUUUCCAUAUCAGAACGUCCGACCAUCACUUGCGAGUGCAAUCUCGACUAUCCCACAACGUUCGACUUCCUUCCGCCCGGUGGUGACGCGACGCAAUGUACUUUCUGGCAAUUCCAGAUCACCGCGCCUAUCCACCUGUGGUCCAUUUCAAAGGAUUCCCCCCCUUUCCUUCGUGACGCCCCGGUAGUCACUCUCGAAGAUUGCGCGUCAUAUUGGCGCGAGCUGAAGGAGGUCGCACUCAACCAAGACUACGCGAAGUCGCUAGCCUGGUCCAUGACCCAAAGCAAUACCGGCCCUCUCGGCGACAUACGUCUGGUCGAGAAGGUCGUAUGCCGCCGCGCAUCCUGGAGGACAACAUACUUCUUUACAUGGCAUCAGGAGCAGUACAUGAAGAAACAUGUAGAACAAACGUCGACAGGAGAAGACGAGGCGGAUAACACGAGGCGUCUCCGUAGAGUGGCUUGGGUCACGGGUGCCCCGCUACAAGCGGUUCAGGAAUACAUGGCUCGUUUACAGCAGAAACAUGAACGCGAGAAGACGAGAGCUCGCCGUCGGGCCCACCGGGAGAAUAGAGAGCUCCGCGAGAAGAAGCAGGUCCUCGCGAAAGCCGAGUUGGCGCGGAAAGCUAAGGCUGCCAAAGCGCAGAGGGAGAAGGAAUGGGACAGUCUAAUUCAAUCUGUUCAUCCUCAACCUCUGCGAGGGUCCAAAGCCUCGCGCAUCCGCCAAAUACGAUCCCGUUUUGUUGCGACGCGAGGACAAGAUCUCGAGCGUUGGCGGGCUGAAAUCCAGCAGACGCUGCAGGAAAAUCCCUACAAGCCGGAUUCCCUUUACGGGGCGACUAGACAAGCGGGUGCCCCCAGCUUCAUCGUCAUUGAGCCUACCAACCCACCACCACCGGUUGUGCAGAAUUGGACGGAGCCCAGCAUACGGCGCCUCAUCGAGGACCAAGGACCUGCAGUGGCUCAACGGAAUGCCAAGAACAAACAACACUCCACAGCCGCACAAAAGCCAGCCACGCGUCGCAGGUUUAACUGGACUCGAGAGUACGACGAGCUUGCCCGCGACGCUGCGGCGGUUAUCAAAGCCCGAUGUCGUGAUGGCACGAAGCUCGAAUGGGCUGCGUUGGACGCCGUCUUCCCAUCUCUCAACAGGAACACCGCCCGCCAGCGCAUCGUCAGCCUUACAAAGGAGGCGGCGGACGCGAUGUACUUGAAGCGUCUUGAGGAUGAAUGGUACCGUCUUUGGACCCGGCAUCGUGGGACACCUCUGCUCCCAGACGAUGACCCGCGAAGUGCGUCUAACUUCGACAUCGUCGCCCACAUCGAGUUCCUGCGCAAAUACAUCGAUAAGAAUGCGCUUCGAGUUGGAUUUGUGCAGCCGGCGGAGCCCGAUGCUACUCCUUUCUUGGCCACUUUGCCCAGCUCGGUCGAGGAGCUCAUGCAUGAAUGGAACGUGGUGGAGAAGCCGCAAGACCCUACGUGGGACUUCCUGUGGAGCAAUGAACUUGGCGAGGAAGGCCGGGAGAAGAGCAUGCACAAAGUAGCCCUGUUCGCCGACAACCAGGAUACUCCCAUCGUUUCUGAGACCGUUGAAGAGAGCAUUCGCGUCGCCGAAGGUGCCCUCAAGAUGGUGUUCGGCGCUCCGGCAUCGACGUAUUCCCCGCAGAAAGCAUCGGAGACGCUGCGCAGCGUUGGACAGGCCGCUGUGACGACGGCCACCCACAACCUCCUAGCCCGCGGUGUUCUCACCAAGGUCAAUCGCGAUCCUAGCAAACCGAAGCCUGGAAGGUCUAUGAGGAUUUCCGACAGCAACCAGACGGCCUCAAAUGGACCUAUACCGAUCGACACCUUCGCCGAUGCCGCUGCGUUUGAGGAAUCGCAUGAAGAUCAAGCCGGGGAACCGAGAGAAUGGUCGUUGCUGGCCUCUGAUGGCGAUAUCGCAGCGUUGAUGCAGCUGGUGUCUGAUAACAAGGUUGUUUUUGAUGUGGAUACUGCGGGACCGAGGGCUGCUCGCGCGGGAUUGGACUGGAACAGUAAAAAGGCCGACGACGACGAAAUCGAGACGACGAUUCGUUUCUUGGUGAAAGCAGACACCGCUGCAUUGCCGGAGGAAACGAGCGAUGCAGAGAGCAAUGCUCCGCUACCCGCCACCAACGACGUUGAGGGCCCUCCGGCGGGGGUUCAGCACGGAGCUACCAUUACGAGCGAAGUUGCUUGCUGUUCACUGAAAUCCGCGGUCCUACCAAGAGGAUGCUUGAUAGACUGCGAAGCUUGCCUUCAGAAGGAAUUGGCUUCGUACCGAAAGUCCAGUGCACCGGAAUCACAAGCCAUCAUCGAGCCUUUACUGGAACUCGUUAAGGGAGCCGGCGCCAAUGGCAUUUCAAAACGGCAGCUGUUGGAUGAUCUCAAGUCACUGGACAGACUCGCGGUGUUGAAGGUGGUUCAUCACCUAUGCAAGUCUCCCGUUCCUCUAUUAUUCUGGGCCGGAUAUUCGGAACUGGUCCUUGUCUCCGCUCUCUUCGCAACGCCGUGGACUGUAGAAGUCAGCGCGUCUGAUGGCGCUGAGGCAACGGAGGGAAAGGCGUUUGCGCGUGUUUUGCCGCGGAGAUGGCUGGACCUUGGCGGUAGCGUGGUUAAAGAAGCCUGGACGGCUGCACUCCGCGCAUUGGUCGGAUACAUCGUCUUCAGACCCGGUAUCUCACAGGCGGAACUUCGAUGGCGCGUGCGAUCAGUGUACGAUAGGCAGGAGAUCAACCAGGUGCUGUGCUUCCUCGAGGGCGAAGGUUAUAUCAGAAGACGGAGAUGGCCAAGCUCGGCUUUCCCGGACAUGAAUCCUCUUGACGAGCAAGAAGAACGGACGACCUAUUGGUUCCUUGGCGACAGGCAUUGGUUCCACCUGUAGAACGCGUACGGAUGUAUUUGCACCUGCCUCAGAACUCGAAUGUAGCCCUAGUAUACUUAUUCACUGUGCAAUAUCCACGCACACAACGGC